UUUAUUUUUAUUAAGUAAAAACAGGUGUUUGUUUUGUUCCUAACUUCUUUUGUUUGUAUGUGCUAAAAGAAAGAGAAAAAAAAGAAAAAGUGGAAGAAUUUUUUGCAUUAUCUCUCGCUUAAACGACCAAUGUUUGUUGUAGAUGUUACGUUAGUCAAGCUAUAUUCGUGAUGCAGUGACACAAGACCAUGAGAUGGAGGGUACUAAAACAGUUGCUGUGCAGGGGAAUGAUAAAGCGGCUAGUGCAGAUGAUACAUUAGCUCAUUCUGAAGAUGAAUUUGAUCGCCUGCUGGAUGAAUCACUUCGUAAAGUUGACGAAGGAGCACUCGAGGAGUGGCAGGUGUUGACUCAUAUUUUCAAAGCUUUCGUCGGAACUGGUAUUUUAGGUCUACCAUCUGCAGUUAUGCACGGAGGCAUUGUGCUUGGUCCAACAGUCCUUGUUUUACUCGGUCUGGUUUGCAUGUACAAUAUAAAGCUCUUGGUCGACACUGCUAAACAUCUCAGGCAAAGUUUGGGAAUUAACAUAAUCAGCUAUUCUGGGAUAUCAGAACACCUAUUAAGCGUUUAUGGAACGAAAGCUGGAACUUUUGGGAAAUAUAUGACCGAUUUUUUGCUGUGUUCUUUACAACUUGGAUUUUGUUGUGUUUACGUUGUUUUUAUCGCGCACAACAUUCAAGUUGUAGCAGGCAUGUUGGAUGUUCGAAUAUGGAUGGUGGUAUUGUUUCCGUUCCUUGUGAUACCAUCCUUAAUAACAAAUAUCAGUCGGUUAGCAUACCUCACAACCAUUGGAAAUGUUAUUGUUUUGAUCGGUCUGGGUGUAAUCUAUCACUACCUGGUGACGAAUUUGGAAGAUCCGAAAUUAUUUCCGACGACCAACGGAUACUUGAACGCUUGUGUUUCUUUUGGGCAAGUUGUGUACGCAUUUGAAGGAAUUGCCGUGGUUCUACCAACGGAAAAUAAAUUAAAGAAACGGGAAUCGUUCGAUUUUGUUUUGAAAGUCGCUGCUUCUAUUGUUCUGAUUCUCUAUGUGUCCAUGGGCGUACUUGGUUAUUUGACUUUUGGUGAAGAUACGCUUGGUAGCAUAACGUUGAAUCUUCCACAAACUGCGUUGUACCAAACGUUACAGAUCUUCUUUGCAGUGAUGGUUUAUUUCACGUAUCCCUUACAACUGCUGGUUUCAGUUGAAAUUAUUAAAUGUUACAUACAAACUCAUAAACAAACAGAGAGCGAAAAACACACGUAUGAAUUGCUAUUGAGAUCAUUCCUCGUCGUUUCAACCUGUAUUCUGGCUAUCUGUAUACCACAACUGGAUAAUUUUAUGGCUCUCGUUGGCUCUAUAAGUGGCGUAGCAGUGGGGCUCAUUCUUCCGCCUAUUUUCCAUACGUUAUGUUACUGGCGACAAGGCUUGUCCAGACUACAGUUUGCUUUAAACAUAUUUAUCACGCUGAUUGGAAUUUUCGCCUUCAUCACGGGAACGUUAGCUACGAUAUAUUCCAUCAUGCAUCGUUUUAUUCAUGAACCAAGCUCCACAAAACUGCUCGUGCAGUCUUAAAAUCGUAAUAUGAGAUUAUAUAUUUAAAAAUACCAAAAAUAUGUAGUAAAAAUGUUUUAAUUAUUGUAUACGCAUUAAGGCAUAUUAUAUUUAUUUUCUGGGCGUGUGUGUAAUAAAACGUUGAAACUAAAUUUAUUAUGUAUGAAACUGACUGAUCCUGA